UCAGGUGUCGCUCUUCCAGCGAAAGCAGGUGACGAGGUGUGGAGAUACCGACCCCGGAAUGAAAUAAACCCGGAUUAAAUAAACAAACUGAUCUACACUCGACCAGCAACAAUCCAGAGGAGCGAUCAUGGAGCCGUCGCCGUUCAGCAGGAAGCAGUGGACGUCACAGUCGCUACGUAUCACAGCCAAGGAGCUCUCACUGGUCGGCAGUCGAGGGAAAAACACCGCCAUUGCUGAACGACUGUCCAAAUAUCAGAAGGCAGCAGAGGAAGCUCAGGGUGAGAAGAAGAAGAUGGGGGUGGAGGGUUUACCUCCAGCUCUGCGUUCGGGGAACCUGAGCGUGCUGAAGAAGCGCUGGGAGCGUCCGGGGCCGUCCCGACCAGAACUUCCGGCAGAGCUUCGACCCCUGGUUCGCUCGGCCAGUCAGAGACCGGUGAGGGUCAAGCAAGAAACAAAGGUUCGGGAGGAGGAAGCGGCAGCGGCGGAGACGAAUCGAGAGAGCCAGAAGAAGGAGGCGAGACCAGAGAGACAGAACUCGAAGGAGACGGCGGAGAUAAAAGUGGACAGGCAGAAGGAGGAAGAAGAUCUGGAAACCAGGCAGGAAGUCAAGAAGGAGGAGACGGCGGAGACUAAGCGGGAGCGGCCGCAGGAAGACGUGGUGGAAACCAAACUAAACAAACAGAGAAGUGAGGAGGCGAUGGAGACGAAGCAGGAGAGGAAGCUGGAGGAGCAGGAGAGAGGAGAUGAAGAACAGAAGAAGGAACAGCCCAGCGUUGCUCUUAACAGUCUGAAGAUGAUGUUCGAGAAAGGAGAACCCAAGGUGGUUCAGGUACGAGGAGGACGGAGCAGCACUUCAGACGAUAUGGAUCUUCGACCACCAGAAAAAGGUCGCGUCUCGGUUGAGCGCUCCAAAUCUCUGAGGGACAGAAUGGCUCAGUACCAGGCCGCCGUGUCCAAGGACAUCCGACCGUUACCCAACCCGAUAAACCUGGUCGACAUCGAGAUCAAGAGUACAAGGGUGGAUCACAAGGAAAAUGUUCCACCCGGUGGUGGAGAGCAGGCCGAGAGCUCAACCUCAGAGUCCAUCAGUACCAAACCCAACGGGGUUUUAGCUGAUGCAGGAAGCUCCGGCACGGCGGCGUCUGAACCGGAAACCAACGACGCGCCGAAAUUCGUUCGAGGGCAGAAGUUUCGUUCGACGGUCAGAGAGACGUGUGUCGCCUGCAGUAAGACCGUUUACCCGCUAGAGAAACUGGUCGCUAACCAACAGACCUUCCAUACGGCCUGUUUCCGCUGCAUCCACUGCAACACGCGACUCAGCUUAGCCAACUUCGCCUGUCUGCACGGCAGCAUCUACUGCAAACCUCAUUUCAGCCAGCUCUUCAAGUCCAAGGGAAACUACGACGAAGGGUUCGGACACCGUCCCCAUAAGGAGCUCUGGUCCCCCCGGACAGACGAAGAUGAGAAUGAAGAAAGUGAAAAGCCAAAGCCGUUCAGCGUGGAUCCUCCACCGGCUAAACCCGCGCCGGAGAGAUCGACCAACCCCGACUCCACCGUGGAGGAAACUCCGCUGGUCAAAGUCACCGACGUGGCGGCGUCUCUGGAGACCAAAACUCAGAAGCCCGUGAAGGAACUGGAGAAGUCCGGCGCCUCUGCUGAAACCAAGAGGUUGAGGAUCGACUGGCCGCCGCGCACCGACGGCACCUCGCUGCCUAAAAUCUCCGGACCCCCGGCGGAGCGAGGGAAGAGCCCGGUCAGGGUCUUCAAACUGAAGUGGCCCCCGGAGGAUGAGGCCCAGACCAACUCAGAGAGCACGGAGCGGGUGGAGCUGAAGAACCUGCGCCGCUGCACCUCCCUAAAGGAGCGGAGUCGACCCUUCUCCGUAGCGCCGCGCCUGGAAUCGGCAGCCAAUCAGGAGCCUCAGCGCUCGCCAAGGUCCGCCUCUCUGAGGCGUGGCUCCCUGGAGGAGCUCCGUACGGCUUCCAGAGUCCAGAGGGAGAAACCGGAGGAGGACGGGGAACCCAGUGAGAGCACAAACACCAGCAGUGAGCCUGAGGUUCCUCACAAACCAGAGGAGACCCCGAAGGUACCUCAGUCCAUCCUGAAGAAGCCGAGCAGAACCGCGAGCAUCGAGCAGCAAAGCGAAGCUCAGAAGGUUCCAGAAAAACCUCAAGAACUUUUACAAGUGUCUGAUCAACCCACCUUGGAGGAGAAAAGCACCCGGGCGGGUCAGGACGACGCCCGCAGUGAGGCGGAGGAACCGGAGAACGGUCUCAGCGUGGAGGAGAUGAUCAAGAAGAACCGAUACUACGACGAGGAGGACGAAGAGGUGAACGACGUCUGAAGCCGGCGGUUCUGACUCUAGAAGCUUCGUUUUAUUAUUAUUUUUAUAAAGAGAAUUCGAAGCCGCUCUUGUUUCUCUGAACGGUUUGGGUGAUUUUAUUUAUACUGGAAUUCGAAGCUCGAGAUCGAUGCUAUUUUUUUUUUAGUCGUUCAAGAACCAGAACAAACCAACAGAAACGCUAAGAAUUAUAAGAAGAACUUUAGGUUUGCUACCAUUAUUUUUCUGUCUCUGUUUCUGUCCUCGAUUUCUUCUUGUUUAUUCACGACUGUACCGGGAAUUCAGACUUCUAAGAAGUAAUUUUUACUUUCAUGAUUCCGUUUUUUUACACAAUAAAUGUCUCUGGCGCUGUUUGGAUGGGAAUAGUUCUACAUGGUGAGCUGGACCAGUUUGAUUCUCAGGGUGAUUUAAAAGGGAAAAAAACUAAAACUACAAAUAAAACCUUAGAUAUUAAA